AGACAAGAACAAUUAGACUUUUUAAUACAUUUUGUUGAAUAGAUUUCUAACGUAAAGAAUUGCAUAAAUGAAUUUUGUUUGUGUUUCCUUAUUUGUGGAGUUUCUAAAUUUCAAGGUUGGUUGUGACGUGAAAUCUACGCGAAAAAUCAUUUUUGCUACCCAGACAAUGUGCGUUUUGUGCAUUUUUUAUACGUGCAAUGGACUAUUAACAAAGCAAAUACGAGAACAAUAAUUUGGAAAUAAUGAUUUUAGCGUUGUAAUAAAACAAUAAAAUAACAUUGCGUUUUCUGUUGUUU